CCAGAGUCAGAUUCGUGUGCAAGAGGAGAAACUAAAGUCAUUGCGCAUGCGUUCGAAUGAGAAUCCCUCCAUCUUCUUUACAUCUAUGAGAGAGACGCUUGGUGUGCUUCAGAUGCUGGAAGUUAAGAAAGAUGACAGAGAGGUAUGCAACCUGAUGCUCGAGGGAUUGUCACAUGAGUGUACGACCCUGCGUGAAACUCUGGUGGUGUUCUGUUCGAAUGACCCGUCGUUCAUAGAGACUAAAGUGCGUGAGAGGUAUCUCGACUUGCUGACUCAACCUGGUCCGAAGAAACACAGUGUUGCACUCAUGUCUAAACCUGUGAGGAAAAGUGCGAAGAAGCAGAACCAGAAGUCAAAGUCUAACUCCGAGUCUGAUUCGUCUAAGAAAAAGAUUUUUCAGGGGAAGUGUUUCAAGUGUGGGGAGAAGGGUCACUUGAAGAUGGACUGCCUGGCUCGUGUGAUAGCUCAUCCCUCUCAGACCGGACCAUCCGAGGACGACAAGGAUGAGAACGGUGAGAAGUCUGACUUGGUGUUGUUGUUAUCUCAAGCCAACUCAAGCGAAUGGAGUGAUGGCAAGUACAUUGCAGCAAUGUAUGCCAAAAUCAUGCAGAAGUGGCAAGAGUCCCGUGGUAGCAGUAGAAAUGAUGCUGUUUUGGAACACCAUGAUACCAUGUAUCUUGAAGCGUUGUAUACCGAAGCAGAGGAUGAGUUGAAGAAGUACGUCGGCAGUGACCGUGUAGUCCGUGAUUCUCUUCGCGAACACUCCACUCUUACGAAGAAGGAUAGAUGCAUCGAAGAUUGGUAUGCGGACACGGGUACAGCUUUCAACAUGACAGACUCUCUCUCUUGCAUGAAGGAUGUGAACCCUUGCCACAACAAAGUAAAAGGAAUUGGUGGCGUAACUUGUGAGGUAGCACUAUCAGGAACUCUUGAAGUGGCGUUUGUGUCUGCUGACAGCGAGUUUUCUGCAGAGUUGAAGAAUGUGCUAUAUGCCCCCAAGUUAGGGUACAACCUUUUCUCUCCCAGCGCAGAGUUUGAUGGCGAGUCAUGGAAUGGCCUUGGUGGUCCUGACGGUGUGAUGACUGCUUUCCACGGGCAUGUUACUUUUCAGAAUUUCGAUGGCAUGCUUGUUGCUACUGCGUAUCGUCUCGGACAUAACUCUAUUGGAUCGGUGUUGGCUGCCCUCACCCCUUCAAACCCCAAGCGCGUAAAAAUCAUGGAUGUGAACGAUUUUCAUAACAUUUAUGGUCAUGCGCAUGAAGGGAUGCUUAGGACCACUGCAAAGCGACUAGGUAUCGAGUUGACCGGUAAAAUGCAUGCUUGUUCGGGAUGUUCGAUGGGAAAAGCAAUUCGUAAGGCGAUUGCUCAUGUGACUACAAAUUCAUCAGACAAAAAGUUAGGCAGAGUUUUUGUUAACCUGGGAGGGAAGAAGGGCGUUGCGUCCAUAGGGGGCAAACAUUACCCCAUGAUUUUGAAGGAUGACUUCACAAGGCGUGCAUGGAUGUAUUUCCUAAGAAGUAAAUCAGACGCUGGCAGUGCUUUCCGAAGUUUUCUUGCGAAUGUGCGUGCUGAUGGGAUCCCAUCAUUGAUUGAGAUUGUUAGAUCUGACAAUGGAGGGGAAUUUUUCGGUGGAGAAUUUGCAUCUGUGUGCAAUGAGCUCUUGAUUAAACAAGAGUUCACCCCGGCUCACAGUCCCGAAUUCAAUGGUGUUGCGGAACGUGGUUUGGGAUUGAUAGAAGAGGCCGCAAUGGCGGCUCGUAUUCAGGCGAAAGUUCUGUUUGGGCAUGUGCAGUUACCUAAGACUGAUAGACUCUGGGCGGAGGCCAUGCACUGGGCCUGCGAGGCACUCAAUCACACGGCUUGUUCUGCUAACCCCGACUCCAAAUCGCCGUAUGAAAUGUGGUAUGGGGAAGCUCGUCCUGCUAGACCGUAUCCGUUUUUGAAGCCAGCGUACUGUAAAUGGCAGCGACCGUCUAAGCUGCUACCGAAGGGUGAGAGUUGCUUUUAUGUUGGUCCUUCGAGAGACCACCCACGUGAUUGUCAUAGAGUACUCACCAGAGCUGGGACUAUUCAGGAAACGAGGAACGUAACGUGGGAAGCGUUGCCGUCACAGCUCCCUCCACCGCAACCUCCGCUGCCGAUAGAGGUCGCAGAGGAGGAAGGGGAGGAAAGUGACGACGAUGUAGAAGCUGAGGGAGGGCAGGAAACGGGGGAAGUAGAGUCCGAAGAUCCGGGAGAGCAUGAUGAAGUAGAGUCGGAGGAUCCGGGAGGGCAUGAAGAAGAGUCUAUGGAUCAGGGAGGGCAGGAUACAGAGUCGGCGGGGCCGGGAGGGCAGGAAGUAGAGGUGGAGGCAUCUCCUCCAGCCGCUCGCCGUCCGCAGCAUGUCGUUGACCUUGCUGAUUUUAAUACUGCUGCGCGUGAUGCAGUAGAAUUGCCGAAAGAGCUCAUUCAGGACGUAGAGCCAGAGCCUGGUAGCUAUCAAGAAGCUCUGCGAUCGAAGCAUGCCACGAUUUGGGAUAAAGCCAUGUCUGCAGAAGUUGAAGGCUUGAUACGAGCAGGAACGUUCACGUUAGCAGCAAAAAUCCCAGAAGGUUGUAACGUGAUUGAUGCUAGAUGGGUUUUCAAAUGGAAAGCAGACGAAACAGGAAAGAUAGUAAAGACCAAGGCUAGGCUUGUAGCGAAGGGCUUCAGGCAGAAGCAUGGGUCGAAAUUGGAUCACGAGGUGUUCAUGAAGUUGCCUCCUGGCUGUGAUUCGAUGUCAGGAAAAAAAAAUGUCCGUUUGAACAAGAGUUUGUACGGUUUGAAGCAAGCAUCUAGAACAUUUUACAAGAGGCUCGUGUCGGACCUGCUUCGGAUAGGUUUCGAGCAGUCUCUGUCUGAUCCCUGUGUCCUGCGUUUCAUGAUGGGAGACGAGGUGAUGGGUAUAAUCGCGAUUCAUGUGGAUGACAUUCUGUAUGCAGGAACGAAGAGGCUUGCCGAGGUGAUUGUAGAGGCACUAGGUGACUCUCUUCCUACGAAGAAUUUGGGAAAAGUCAUAUUUUUUCUUGGUUGCGCAUUUAGUCGCGACCGCGAGGCUGGCACGAUUGAGAUUUCUCAAGAGAGUUACAUCAGGAGUGUUCUAGAGAGAUUCAAUAUUUCUCGUACCAGCUCGAUCCCCGCUUCCCCUGCCAACGAUAGCAGGUCCGUGAUGGAGGAUGAGGAGGCAGGAGAUGUGCCGUUCAGGGAAGUGGUGGGAUGCCUGAUGUGGAUCGCCAACAAUACGAGGCCAGAAACUUCGAACGCUGUGCGGACGGUGGCGAGACACUCUCACGAGCCCAAGAAGAGUGACUGGAAGGCAGCCCAGAGGAUUUUGAGUAAUCUUAAGGAAACGGCACAUCUAACUCUGAAGUACAAGCAGGACACUACGGUAGACGUAGGCACGUUAGUGUACGUAGACGCUGACUUUGCCAGCAAGGCCACUGACCGUAGAUCAGUUUCUGGAGCAUUAGUUCUUGUAGCUGGCUGUCUUGUGUCUUGGUUUUCUUGGACGCAGAAAUGUGUCUCACUGUCAACUUCUGAAGCAGAGUAUAUUGCGAUGGGUGACGGUGUUAAGGAGGCUCUCUUUGUGAACGGGAUGCUUCAGUUCUUGAGACCUAGUGCGAAGCCUCGGAAAAUUGACGUCUUUGAGGACAACGAAGGAGCGAUUGCGCUUGCAGAGAAUCCGCUUAGCUCGAGUAGGAGUAAGCACAUUGACGUGAGGCACCACUUCCUUAGGAAUUUGACGGAGGAGGGCGUGAUCGAGGUCACCCAUGUCCCAAGCAAGGAGCAGCAUGCUGACAUCCUCACAAAGGCUCUACCGAGAAACCUUUUUGAAGUUCACCGUGACUUAGUCCUUGGCUCAGCAGCUGAGAAUAUCGAAUGUAUGACGUGUAUUGCGGUGUAUGACGUCUUUGAGGACAACGAAGGAGCGAUUGCGCUUGCAGAGAAUCCGCUUAGCUCGAGUAGGAGUAAGCACAUUGACGUGAGGCACCACUUCCUUAGGAAUUUGACGGAGGAGGGCGUGAUCGAGGUCACCCAUGUCCCAAGCAAGGAGCAGCAUGCUGACAUCCUCACAACGGCUCUACCGAGAAACCUUUUUGAAGUUCGCCGUGACUUUGUCCUUGGCCCAGUAGCUGAGAAGUAG